GCGUCCUUUGAGAUGUUCUCGUGAAGUUAGCUAGUCAUUUACAUACCUCACAGUCAAAUUAAAUCCAUGCCUUUUUAUUGUUAUAGAUUCAUAUAAAUUGUAAUUUUGUUUUCUAGAGCGUUAAAGAUGUUUUUAGCUAUGCUUUUCGAUUUUAUGCAUUCUGCAGUCGGCGGUGAGAUCUCAGGUGCUUUAAAUGAUGUUUGGGAUUACACUGCGAGUUACCUGCUGACUGUGUGGCAGAACAGGUUAUAUGUGUACACCACUUUUGCCAUUCUCAUAGGAAUCUGGUUUACUGUGAACUUUUCUUUCAAGAAGAAAAAAAAUAUAAAAAUGAUAAGUCUGUGGCCUCAAAGAUCUUUGGAAAAUCAGGAAUUGUCACCUGAAACAAUGCAAGUUAUUCAUGUUGCUGGGGUCAAAGUCUUUUAUGGAUCACAGACUGGAACUGCAAAGGAAUUUGCCAAAGAGCUUGCUGAAGACGUCAGGGCUCAGGGGCUCCAGUGUGAGGUUAUAGACAUGAAAGAAUAUGACCCAGAUGACAGAUUGGCAGAGGAGUGCACAAGCAAGAUGAUCUGUGUGUUCCUUGUGGCCACAUACACUGAUGGACAGCCCACUGAGAAUGCUGAAUGGUUCUGUAAAUGGCUUGAGGAGGCAUCCACUGACUUUCGAUAUGGGAAAACUUACUUGAAGGGAAUGAGAUACGCUGUCUUUGGGCUGGGCAACUCCGUUUACAUCGGCCAUUACAACACUGUCAGCAAGAACUUAGAUAAGUGGUUAUGGAUGCUGAGCGCUGCCCGGAUCAUGACCAGAGGAGAGGGCGACUGCAACGUGGUGAAGAGCUGCCACGGCAGUGUGCAGGCUGACUUCCAGGCCUGGAAAUCAAAGUUCCUGAGCCGUUUACAAGCCCUGGUCAAGGGUGAGAAGAAAGCCUGCUCUGGCAAGUGCAAGAAUGGCAACUGCAAAAAUAAGAAGAAACAUAAGGAGGAGGCAGAGGACAAUCUCUCGCUCGCUGAGAAGAGCAACUCUGAGGAGGAGCUGAUGGAGUCCAGCAGUGAUGCAGAGUCUUCAGCGGAGGAAGACGAGUCUCAUCGCUCUGUUAUUGACCUGGAAGACCUGGGGAAUGUGAUGAACCGCUUGAAGAAAGCCAAGAUGAUGGAGGACAAUAAAGACGACUCACAAAGGGUGAAGCUGUCAAAGCAGAAUGGAGUGAGGAAGAGCGAGGCAGAGGAAGAUAGGAGAGAGAUGAUCACUCCAGCCUUGAGAGAUGCACUCACUAAACAAGGGUACAAACUGAUAGGAAGUCAUUCUGGUGUAAAACUUUGCCGCUGGACAAAGUCGAUGCUGAGAGGAAGAGGAGGUUGCUAUAAGCACACUUUCUACGGGAUUGAAUCACACCGUUGUAUGGAGACCACGCCAAGCCUGGCUUGUGCCAACAAGUGUGUUUUCUGCUGGAGACACCACACAAAUCCAGUGGGCACGGAGUGGCGCUGGAAAAUGGACCCAGCUGAGAAGAUCCUGCAGGAGGCUGUAGAGAACCACAGGAACAUGAUCAGGCAGUUCAGGGGUGUUCCAGGCGUUCGUCCCGAACGUUUUGAAGAGGGUCUCAGCGUGAAGCACUGUGCUCUAUCUCUAGUGGGCGAGCCCAUCAUGUAUCCCGAGAUCAACACCUUCCUACGACUCCUUCACCAGCAGCACAUAUCCAGCUUCCUGGUCACCAAUGCCCAGUUCCCCAAGGAGAUCAGGAGUCUAGUGCCUGUAACACAACUCUAUGUCAGCGUGGAUGCCAGCACUAAGGACAGUCUGAAGAAAAUUGAUCGUCCACUUUUCAAAGACUUCUGGCAGCGCUUCCAGGACAGUCUGAGAGCUCUGGGUGAAAAGCAACAACGUACGGUGUACAGACUGACCCUGGUGAAGGCCUGGAAUGUGGAUGAGCUGAAGGCCUACUCGGAUCUCAUUGCCCUCGGACAACCAGAUUUCAUCGAGGUCAAGGGAGUGACGUACUGUGGAGAGAGUUCAGCCAGUAGCCUGACCAUGGCCAAUGUGCCCUGGCACGAGGAGGUCAUCUACUUCGUGCAGCAGUUGGCCAACCUGCUACCAGACUAUGAAAUCGCCUGUGAACACGAGCACUCCAACUGCCUGUUACUCGCACACCACAAGUUCAAAGUGAACGGGGAGUGGUGGACGUGGAUUGACUAUGAGCGCUUCCAGGAACUCAUUCAGGAAUUCGAGGAGAGCGGAGGCACCAAGAACUUCUCAGCGAUGGAUUACAUGGCCAAGACCCCCAGCUGGGCCAUUUUUGGGGAAAGAGAGAGAGGGUUUGACCCUUCAGACACACGUUUCCAGAGAAAGAAUAAGACCAAAGAUAUUUCAGGGUGCUGAUGUUGAAAAAUUGUGCCUUAAGUCCUUUUAAAGUCUGACUUUAAUGUUUUUAUUAUGUUAGCUAACUCUCAGUUUGCCUGAUGAGAUUGGCUUGAUUGGAGUUUGGAUGGCACCUAAAAUGCACCUUUGCUCUCAUGUUCUUUAUAUGUAGAUUCUUGUUAAUGAACUCCAAUUGUCAUGCUGUUUUUAUAAAUGUUACUUUUUUUGUGGUCAGGGUAAUAAAUUAACUCUGAGAUCCUGUUCACUAUGACCUCUGAAUUUAAUAGCUCUGUUAAAUGUACAGACUAGAGGACAAGAUGAAAUAUCCCCUGGAGAACCAGUGACCCUUUCUCACCUGUUCCUUGAAUCCACCUUAUAGGACUGUAAUUAUCGGCAGUGGUCAGUCUUUCACGGGUUUGUGGUCAAAUUUAAGACCUAAUUUACUCAUGCUAUCUUAGGCCCUAGAUUUAGAGAGCACAAGAGGCAAGAACAGACAAAUAUAAUAAGAACGAUAUAUGACUAUAGUUACCUACAUUAAUGAAAAUGUUGCCUCAAACGGUGAUUUGUGUGUUCUUUUAGAGUUCUAGAGGGCAACCGAGUCCGAUUAAGUUUUCAGUCGAGUAGUUCUUACAUGUAUGUCCAUGAUACAGCAGGAAGCUCUUUGGAAUCAGAACUGCCCUAUACAAAUCUGAAUGUAAAACUGCAGUUCUUACGUCUUUACUCUGCAUUGUCCUCUACAAGCCAUCUUAGGUAUUUUUAUACAGCUUUGACAGAUUGCAGUGAAGUCAAAUGUCACUUGAUAAUUAUAAUUAAAAAAAAAAAAAGAAAUUCUGCCUUUUGAGAGAUGUUAAAAUGUAAUUGUGAACAUGCUGUUUGUCCUAUUGGAUUGUGGGAUGCAAAGGUGUCUACAAAGUGUGUUUGUUUAUUCAUGUGCAUAAAGGGGGUGUUACAUAUUAGUAUUUUCAUUUUUGUUGUAUCUUCUUUUUCUUUGGUGUCUCAAUAAAAUCAUCUUUAUGAACUCCAGUAAGAAAA